AUGGCCGGUCUCCGCGUCCUCCCAGAGGACCCCACCCCAUCUCGCCAGCGUAAAGCACCCGGCUCAUCCGUGCAGUUACAAAGUGUGACUGAUUCGACAGUGGUGGAAACUGGAACGCGUAAAACACCGGCGUAUCCAUCUCGUAUCUCCGCCGAAUGGAGUGGUGUCACCGGAGGUCCACCAGCUGAAGUAGUGUUGAGAUUACAUCCUUCACCCACACCUGUAUUCCCUGCACAAAACACGCGUUUUAAUCUUUCAACAGAAAUUGAGCGGAGCAAAGUCACCGAAUGUCCGCCAGCCGAAGUAGUUAGCCGACUACACCUCCCUACAAAAUCAGCUCAUCCUGAAAUUAUGAUCGCCAAUUUGUCUUUAGCUAAUAUUGAUGGAAGUGGUGUUGUGGUUCGAGCAGAAGAGGCUCUUAUAGUUGCGUUUGUAUUGCUGCUGUGGGUCGCAGCUAUUGCGCUUUUCUUCAACCGUUGGGGCAAGAUCAGGUGCGUCUAUAAACUGAUGCUAGAACCAUAUCAGCCGAAGUUUCAACAGCAACAUAGACAAAGUUGCGCCCUUGCAGAAAACUCCGUAGCAAUGCCGCCCCAUCAUCGAGCAUCCCUUUCAAGAGGUUGUGUUUCGUACGAUUGCGGGGGCUCGUUCCCUUCAUAUCAACCUUGCGGUUACCUCGGACAUCGACCGCGCCAGAAUUCCGUUUUCGUUGGGAGCAUGGCCUUGAUCCCAGAAAGUCCACCACGAAGAUCGCGUUCAGCAGCAGAUUUGCCAGCUCUUGUAACACCUUCAGAGCACGUCACUCGUACUCCGAGAUCAUCGAGAGCAGCGAGUCUCCACAGUGCUGUAGACCUCAGAGUCUGUGCCCCAUCGCCCCGAACCUCGAGGGCAGCAAGUCUUCAAUCCGCUGGAGACUUACCACAAGGAGCUGUCCAAGUCCACGUCAGAGGUUCCGUGACAAAUCUCAACAGACCAAGAAGUCCAAGACGAUUGACAAUCACGAAUGUAUAAUAUUUUGCGUGAACUCGUCCAAGUGACUGAAGACCAAUUAUUUAUGUAUUUUUAACCUUUUAGUUUAUGAAAUAUUCCUCUUUAAAAUAUCUCAGAUACUUAUACUUAAGCGAAUAUCAUUUAUAUUAAAGAUAUAUAACAAUUA